AUGAAAAUAAAAAUGUGGCAAGAGGGAGGCGAAGCUCCCUUUGAUGAAUUAAUUGACUCGAAGGGCGAUGAAAUACAGAAAUUGAGUGUGAUACAAACGUUGCCAAGUUUGUUGGUUGGAGAUCCGCAAACAUGUAUUCAAAGAUUAAUGCCCAAGAUGCAGGAGAGCCUGCAAGAAGCAUCAACAGAAUUUCAUGUUGCCGCAUCCUCGACAUUCAAAACUAUAUUAGAACAAAGACUUGUCAGUCAUUCAACAUUUACACAGACAUUCCUACAAAGCAUUUUAAAUUCACUCGACAGCAAGGAUCAAGUGGUAGCUGAUGCUUGGUUGGAAACCUUGCUUGAUGUUAUUGAGUUACUACCCAGUGAAGUGAUAAAGCGUGAGAUAUUACAAGUGGCAAUAAGCAAAGGACAAUUGUCUCAGCCAGUAAAUUCACGUAUUAUUUGUUGUAAAUUAUUGGGAAAAAUAUGUACACGUUUUAAUUCACAAUUAAUAAGAAAACAAGUAUUACCAACAGUUCAUUCAUUGUGUCAAGAUGUCAAUAGCGAUGUUAGAGCAUGUAUAUGUUUACAAUUACGUUUUGUAGCAGAAGGAUUGGGUCCAGAGUCUGUUAAAUCGGCAUUAUUACCAUCAAUUGUCGAACUAGCUAGUGACGAAGAAAGUAUUGUAAGACACGCUUCUGUACAGACAAUAGUUUAUCUACUACCUCAUCUAAAUGCAGACGUUAUAAAAAGUACCAUAUCACCGCUGAUUAAAAAAUCAUGCGACAAUGCGCUCAAGUCAGACGUUACUGUCAUGUGUACGAUUGCUGAAGAGUUUGGAAAACUAGCAAUUGGCUUAGAAAAAUCAUUAUCCACCUCUGAAAAAACUUGGCUUAUUCAAUUUUUUAAACAAUUAUCACAAGUUGGAAUUUUACCAAAUAAAGAUAAAAAACCAUCAGGUUCUACUUUUAAUAGUAAUAAUACUAAUUCUAAUAGUAGUAAUCCUGGUAAUAAACAACAAGAAUUUUCAAUAAUUAAUAUCAGUAGCAGUAAUCCAACAAUUAUAGAGCAUUAUGUCGAGUGUCGAAGACUCUGUGCUUUUAAUAUUCCUGCAAUGUUUAUAUUUGCCGCUUCAACAAUUGAAGAUGUUGACAGUUUAAUAUCUACAUUUUCAGAACUAUCAGCAGAUCCAUUUUACUUGGUUAGACGGACUAUCGCUUGUGGAAUACAUGAGAGACCUAUGCCAGUAAAAUUAGCUGCGGGACGAACAUUUUUGGUAUUUAUACGAUAUAAUUUAAAACCAGUCGAAAGAAGUGAAUUGAGAAAUAAAUUGUACAGUGAAUUUGCACGUAAUAAAAGCUGCUACAUAAGAAUGUUAUUUAUACGAAUGAUGAUUGAAGCAAUGACACUGUAUUCGUCAAUGUAUUUUAAAGAACAUUUUUAUAUGGUAGUAUUGAGUUUAUCUGAGGAUCCAAUAGCAAAUAUUAGAUUAAAAUUAGUAAGUUUAUUACCGACAUUAAAAUCCUACAUACGACUACCUUCUGAUAAAAAACUUUUAUCGUCAUUUGAGUCAAGUGUACGUAAUUUAAUGAAUAAUGAAAAAGAUCGUGAUGUUAUUUCUGCAUUGACAACUGUAAUACGUAAGCUAGAUGAAAUAGAUGUACGCCACGAAGGUCAAUCUUCAUCUGUUAAAUUAAAUAAGCAAGACAAUGAUGAUUUUAAAAAAUAUGAAGAGGAAAAACAAAUAAUGGCAACUGUAUCGGGUAAAUUGUCAACUGGACAACAAGUAACAUUAAUAAAAAAAUCACCAAUUGCAGUAACUGGCCGAGUCAAUUCCAAUGACGGUGCAUCAUCUGUACGUAAUACCAAACAGUCAGGAAUAUCAAGUGAUAAUUUAACUAAAUCAACUAUAUCGUCACAAAAAGUUAAACAGACAGGUUCAAUGCCACUAACGGAUUCAACGACAUUCAAAUCGAGACAAACAACACCAACAACAACAACAACAACAAGAAGUUUUGAUUUAGCGAAAGCUAGUACGUCUAGUGACGAUUUAACAUCAAGCUGGGCUCGUUUAACUUCAAACAGCAUGUUACUAACCCAUCUUUGGGAAAAAAUAGACCACCGUGGGUCUUCAAAACUUUCCUCACUAUCCGCACCAUCAUCGUCGUCGUCGUCGUCGUCGUCGUCGUCGUCGAUGACAUCUAAUCAGAGUAACUUUUUGGGAAUAGCUACUAACAAUUCUGAAGAAACUGAUAUAUCCUCAAAUUAUUAUCAUCACCCGCCGUGUAAUUGUUACAAAAGUUCUAUUUAUCCAAGUUCAUCAUUAUUAUCAAGUUCUGGUAAUAUUGAAAUGGAUUAUAAAUCGACAGAAGCUAGUACGUGCUCUUGUCGUGAAUCAUUGUCAUCAAAAUUAAAUUCAACCCAUCUAUAUCAUAAUCACCAUCAUCACCUCUAUAAUCAUCACCAUAAUCACCAUAAUCACCAUCAUCAUCAUCAUCAUCAUCAUCAUCAUAAUCAUAAUCAUAAUCAUAAUUAUCAUCAUAAUCAAUCUAAAUCAAAUUAUUUAGAUACUAAUUACUCGUCACUAACAACUCCGCUGGUACUAACUCGUAAUAAAGAUGAUAGGCAUGGAAUUAAUCAGUAUAAUAAUCCUUAUAAAUAUUUAAAUAAUUAUUUAAUGCCACGUGAAAGUACGCAGAGCUAUAAUAAUGAUGAUAAUAAUAAACUGAUGCCUAAUUUUGCUGCUCUUCGGGCUGUUAAUAAUGCUGCACAGCAUAAUUCAUGUUGGGGUUUUAGUUCAAUGCCAGAGAUACCAGUAACUCUUUUGGAGGAUGAAUUUUUGGUCGACACCGGAAUGAGAAUUCCAGCUCAAUUGUCAUCGUUGUCUCAAAGUACAUCAAAAAUACCAAAUCUUCAGGAUAUUAUUUAUCGUAAUACACGUAUUGAUAAUUACAAUGUUAAUAAAUCACGACGAUCUAACAGUAGUUCUUUUCCUUGUAGUUCUACUAGUUUUAAUAAUUCUGGAGUUAUUAAUAUAGAUAAUAAAGGUAAAAGUAAAAUUCAUUAUCAGUUACCUGAAAGCUGUUUAAGACGAACAACAAGUGUUGAUAAAUCAAAUAGUAUAGGUAAUAUUGUUGGUAAUAGACUAUCAAUGAGUUUUGAUGAAACAAUAAAAAUUAAUAAAAUAACGAUAAAUGAUGAUAAUAAUGAUGAUGAUGAUGAUGAUGAUAAUGAUGAAGAAAACAUUAAAUCUAAAAAGUAUUCAUCUAAAAGUAUCAUUGGAAAACGUCUUAGUAGCAGCAAUAGAAAUAAUAGUACAAGUAAAAAUGGAACUACUGGUGAGAGUGUUACAAUAACUGGUACAAGUAAAAUAAUAGAUGAUAAAAAAAAAAAAUUAUCAUUUGUUGAUCGUGAUAAAAAUUUUAUGCCUUCAAAUACUAAUAUUACUAAUAUUACUACUGCUGCUACUACUACUACUACAACAACAACAACAACUGCUGGUGGUGGUGGUGGUGGUGGUGGUAGUGGUAGUGGUAGUGGUAGUGGUAGUGGUACUCGAAUACUUGAUAAAACUAAACGACACUCUGCUAGUUACAGUAUUAAAUUUUUUGACAGUAAAAAUUACAAGGAUAAAUUUAAAAGACAUAGUCUGGAAGUACCCGAGUAUAGUCCCGAACGUGGAAGAUUAAAAAGAAAUUAUACUUUGGAUGUUAAUCAUAAUCAAGGAAUUAGUAAAAUUCCAUUGAGAAAUUCAAUUUUAACUGGUAGUCGUACUGCUCCAGUAACUCGAGCUUCCAGUCCAAUAAGAUUGGGACCACAAAUAAGCUAUGAUCGGGAAAAAGAUCAUCAAACCGGUAAUGAAUAUCAUCACAGUGAUCACAGAGUUAUGACUAGGUUUAGUUCUAGCGAUGAACAAGUUGACAAACUAUGUAUAAGAUUUGCUUACGUUGAUCCUUAUGGAAGAGAAGAAAAUCCCCGUAAAAGUAUAAGUAAAUUACCCGUUUGGGUACCCAGAAAAAAAUUAUAG